GGUGCUGCACUGCUGCCUAGGCAGACAGUAGUUGAACCCAGUCCCGCACCCAAAACGAAAAAUAAAAAUUAAAAACAGAAAGGAUAAGGGAGAAAGUUCGGGCUCCCUGCAGUCGUGCCGUCGACCAACGACAACGAGAUUGUGGUGUUGAAUGGAGAAGGCUAGCAACAGUCUUGUUACCCACAUGAACACCACACUCUCUUUACCACUUCAUUCUCACCUUUUAUCAGCAGUUUCUUCUCACCAAACCUUCUCACAUCUCGCCCACAAAAGCUGCCUCCCACUUCGAGCUUCGCCUCCUUCUCUUUAUUAUUCCACCCGCGGCCCACCUUCCCUCAGUUGCGCAAAUCCCGAUGCUACAGGGAGUAAGGUGGGUGCUGUGGAUUCAUCUCUUGCAGUAAAGAAACAAGCAGCAGAUGUAUCCCCCGAGCUAAAAGGGACUUCUAUUUUUCUGGUUGGCAUGCAAAAUUCCCUGAAAACCAGUUUAGGAAAGAUGCUAGCUGAUAUGUUACGAUAUUAUUAUUUUGACAGUGAUAGUUUGGUUGAAGAAGCUGUUGGUGGUGCACCUGCUGCAAAAUCCUUUAGAGAGAAAGAUGAAAUGGCCUUACAUGAAUCUGAGACUGAAGUGUUGAAGCAAUUGUCAUCUAUGGGCCGACUAGUAGUUUGUGCUGGCAACGGUGCAGUUCAAAGUUCAACUAAUCUGGCACUUCUGAGACACGGGAUUUCCUUGUGGAUAGAUGUUCCGCUAGACAUCAUGGCUAGGGAUGUAUGUGAAGCAUCAUCAUCAGGAUCUUACCCUGAGGUAACAGAUCAACUAGCUGCAUUAUACAACAAAUACAGGGAUGGAUAUGCUACAGCUGAUGCAAUUAUUUCAGUUCAAAAAGUUGCUUCUAGGUUGGGGUGUGAUAAUUUUGAUGACAUUACAAUUGAAGAGAUGACAUUAGAGGCGCUAAGGGAGAUCCAGAAGUUGACUAGAGUGAAGAAGAUGCUUGAAGAGGCUGCAAGACCGUUCUAAUUAAACAUGGCUUGUUUCAUGUCUUAUCUUGAAAUUACUUUCGAUAAGUUGUUUUACUCUGAAAUAUGUACCAAAGGAUUUGUUACUAUAUAUAGCUUCACACUAUGAGAGUGGCGGAUCAUUACAUAACAAA